GGAGGACCACCAGGAGCUUUUCCUGGAUAUGGUGGGGCACCAGGUUAUGGCGGAUAUGGAGCACCAGCUUAUGGAGGAUAUGGUGGUUAUGGUUAUGCUGAUGCGCAAAGUCCACUUGAUGCUGAAAUCCAGGUUGUGAUACGCGAGAUUCAUAACGAGCAGCAGCUGAUGGAGCAGGGUGGUGAAUGG